AUUCUCUGGAUGCGUCUAGAGAAGUGUCUUGUUAUAGCUCCGUUAUUAAUGCUGAAAGUACUAGGAUGAGUCUUAAUUCCCGGGGGAUGAGUCCUCUCAGAGAUGCGUCUCUGUGUUCGGGUAAAGAAUCGAAAUCGUUCAACGUAAAAGCUUUCUGGAAAAAUAGUUCUACUGUUAUGAAAACAUUAGGAAAAGCAUCAGAUAUGAAUUCCAAAAAUAUAAUCCACCAAAUGCUAGACAUACAUUAUGAUUUCAGUGAAGCGCUUUCUAACACUACACGUGAAACUAUAAAAUCUGCUUUGAAACGAAAAUCAGAUUCCUAUCCAUCAGAAAGUAGAAAAAAGAAAGAUACGAUCAACAUAAAGGAUCCAGAGUCUCUUAAUGAUGCGAACAUAACGAAUUUGGAAGAAGUGAUCAUUCAUGAAGAGGAAGAAAUUGCGGGGCAGUUAACCAAUGAGAACAAUCCUGAAUUAUCGCCUAUCGAACCUGAUAUGGAAUUUAACAAACAAAUGAUGCGUGACGCAUAUAUAAAGAUACGUCAGGAUCUCUGUGAUCUUUCCUCACAGAAGGAUUGGUUUAUUGAAAGUUAUAGUGUUUCAGAUGCAUUUCGCAAAUAUCAAAUUAAUAAUAUUGAUAAACUAGAAGGUGGUGAAACCUUCCAUUUUUCAUCAGAUGUUGAGGCAAUCUUGUCUCUUCACCAUAUUAUGUUUAUUGACAUGACAAGAAUGAAGAAGCCAUCGUAUUUAGAUAUAGAUGAACGAAAAUGGCGUGCUUCAGUACGUCAACCAAAACAACCAGUCCCACCCAGUUUCUUUGGAGAAAUUAUGGAUGAAUAUGAAAGGGAAAUAAAUGACAUAGAUGAGCUUCGUUCUAAGUUUUAUGAUAUAUGGGGGAAAUAUCGUGACAAGGUCAUUUAUUUAGAUAAUGAGAGAUGUUUGUUUGAAACCACGCAAGCAGUUGCACGUGCAUUCUACGAAAGGAUGCACAUGUAUCCGAGUUCGAGGAAAAAAAACGAGGAUAUUGUUGUACAUGAUUAUGUACAUGAUACUUUCAAAGAAAUAUUUCGUGACUCGAAUUAUGAUAUUUCUUGGGCAAACACCGAAAGUUUGACUUCAAGAAGCCACCGUGCGAAUUACGGACGCUCCCAGGGUAGAAAGCCUGAUAUAAUUGUGUAUCGAAUCGUAGAAAGAGAUAAAUACGAAGAAACAUGUUAUGUUGAAGCCAAAAAUUUCUCAAUUACAAGGAACAGUAAAAUUGGCGGUUACAAUCUUUACAAGGUAGCUAUUCUUUGCCAGGGAGGCAUCAACAACAUUAUUUCUUCGCGUGGAAACAAACCAGGAGUAAAGUCCUUUGGAGUACAUAUUUGUGAAGGAUAUAUCUAUUUUGGAAUAAUGGACUUGGAGUACGACGGUAUUUACCGUUAUUUUCAAAUCUCCGAGAUUAAACUCGCUCAGAAGCUUUCUGAAUUUAACCUUGUACGAAAGUUGAUAAUAGAAGCUUUUUUUUUCAAGUGCCGUAUUGACAGUUUUUAUUCCAAUAAGAAUGACAAUGGGUUCUCCAAUAAACAUGAAAAUGUGUCACCUCAACGGAAUAGCUUCUCCCGUCAUCCAACAAUCACACCUAAGGUGCCUAGAAAUAUGAUCCCGGGUGUUAGCAUAACUAAAGACACGGUUUUCUAA